UACUGCACCGACCAGUCGUCUGGAGUCUCUCGACGAGAACGGCAACGACAUGGCGCUGUGGCCACUGGUGCUAAUCACCCUGGGCUUGUGGCUUCUCAUCCGCAAGUGGCCGCUGCUCCGCCUGGGCAUGAGCCUCGCUGGACCCUGGGCCUUUCCGCUUUUGGGCAACGCCCAGAUGGUGGGCAAGCUAAAGCCGGAAUUUAUCUUCUUGGUCUUUACAGAGCUGCGAGAUCGAUUCGGUGCCACUUAUCGCCUCUGGCUGGGACCCCAGCUGUGGGUGUUCCUCCACACGGCGGAGGAGACGCGCCAGGCCCUUCAUGAUCCGACGCUGCGCAAAGCGGAGACCUUCCUCCAGCUGGAGCCUCUGAUCGGAAACGGCCUUCUCAUCAGCCACGGCGCCCAGUGGACUCGACAGCGUCGCCUCAUGGCUCCGGCCUUUCUACCGAAUAUUCUUCGUGGUUUUGCUCCAGCGGUGGCGCGUCAUGUUGAUGCAUUGAUCCUUAAGCUGGAGGCCACUAAGGGUGCCAGUCUGGAGGUCACGGAUCCGCUCUUUGCCUGUCUCCUGGAUGCCAUUGUGGACACCUCGAUGGGUGCCCAGCUAAAGACCCAGUCCCAGGAUCACUCACCCGUAGUCCACGCCUUCCACCGCAGCAGUGAGCUGCUCUUCAAGCGAAUGAUUAAUCCCCUCCUGGCCUCCGAUUGGAUCUUUCGACGCACCCAGCUUUGGCGCGAUCUUCGCGAGCAACUGGAGGUGAUCCACACGCUAAUGGACUCUGUGAUUGAGCAACGGGCUCAAGACCUAGAACAGGAAGUUCAGGAUACUGCUGCCAAGGCCCAUAAUCUGCUGGACACUCUGCUGCUGGCCAGAUUCAAUGGAGAAUCCCUGACUCGCAAGGAAAUCCGCGACGAAGUCAAUACAUUUGUGUUUGCGGGCGUGGACACAACAACUGCCUCCAUGUCCUUUGUUCUAUAUGCUCUGGCGAAGCAUCCUCUUGCCCAAACUCAACUCCGGGAGGAGAUCCAGCAACUCCAAGCCUCAGAAUUGGAAAACAUUGAUGCCAUGAAUGAGCUUCCCUACCUGGACGCUUUCCUUAAAGAGGUCCUGCGCCUGUACACCAUAGUGCCCACCACUGGCAGGCAGACCACCCAAAACACCAUCAUCGGAGGUCGUAGCUACUGUCCUGGUGUCACUCUGUGGAUCAAUAUGUACGGACUGGCCCAUGACAAGCAAUACUAUCCGGAUCCGUAUGCCUUCAAGCCGGAAAGAUGGCUAGAACAAGUGGAUCCGCCGCCACCCUUUAGCUAUAUUCCCUUUUCGGGUGGUCCACAUGUAUGCAUUGGCCGGAGGUACUCCCUGCUCCUGAUGAAGUUGCUUACCGCCCGGCUCGUCAGGGAAUUCCACCUGGAACUGGGUCCAUCACAGGCUCCUCUCAAGCUGCAGGCCCAAAUGGUGCUCAAGUCCCAGGAGGGCAUACAUGUA